AUGUCAGGGAUGUCUAAUUUAAAUUUUGACCAACAUAAUUUUUCAAAUCUCGAUUCUAGUUCAUUACCUUCAAUGCUCAAUGAACCUUUGACCAAUGAACGACAUGAAGGAGAAGAUGAGGAAAUUGGAAGAGAAAAUAGCCCUUUUAUGCCUGAGAAUGAGGAAAGAAAUAUUUUGUCUUUUCAAGCUUCAACAUCUCAAUCUGUUGAACAAUUGAAUAGAAGUCCUCGAAGGCGUAAUCGACAUUCUAAUAAGAGGAAUAGGCGUCGUAGAAGGAUUUAUAGUGACACUGACUUAUCUAAAAUGCGCCCAUUAAUUCUCUCACCAUUUAUGCCGAAUUUUGCAACCCAAAUUUCUGUUGGUGCUAAAAAUAGACGUCUAACAAAUACUAGUUUACAAGGUAUUCGGACAAUAUCAACAGCUCCUCAACAACCAACAUCAGCAACUAUAGUGCCUACAAAUAUUUUUUUACCAAAAAGUGGAGUUGACAAAUUAACUGUUAAAAAUGAGACGCGCAAUCAAACAAGCAAGUAUGGCUCUGUUCCUGCGAUUAAAGUGAAUAAUGUUGUUACUGAACAAAUGUUGCAUCAAACAAUACCUGAAGGUGAAAUGGAAUCUGAUGAGUCUGAUGAUGAAGAUAAAAGUAGUAGCAGUAGUAGUGAAUCUUCUUCUUAUACUCGUUUUUCUGAAUUGACAAAAAAGCAAUUGGCAACAAUUGGAAUGCUAGCAGUAGCUAAUCUUUGCAGCACAAUAGCUUUUAGUUGUAUUGCGCCUUUUUAUCCUACGGAAGCUGAAUUUAAAGGUAUGAAUACCUCCGAGAUUGGACUUAUUUUUGGUAUUUUUGAAUUGGUUAUGUUCAUUACUGCUCCUUUUCUGGGAAAAUAUAUGGCUUCUGUUGGCUCAAAAAGAAUGUUUAUAACUGGCCUUUUAAUAACAGGCAUUACAGCUAUUGGUUUUGGAACUUUAAAUCUUUUGCCUGCCGGAAGAAUUUUCUUUUGGUCUUCUUUAGUUAUUAGAUGUCUUGAAGCUUUAGGUGAUGCUUGUUUCGUUACCUCUUCUUUUGCAAUAAGCGCAAAAUGCUUUCCUGGAAGAAUUGCAACGAUUGUUGUUUGUUUUAAUUUUUAUAAAGUUUUCUGGUACACCUCGACGGAGUUCCGGCUUUUAUAA